AUGAAUUCAGAUAAUAAUAAUAACAAUAAUAACAAUCUUAAUAAUGAUUUUAAACUUACUGAAAAGAAUCUAAAAGAUUUACAAAAAACAUUUGAAGACCCAACUAUUCUUUCAAAAUUAAUAGAAUAUUAUGACGAAGUUGAAAAGUUAAAUAAACCAGAUUUAGACAAUAAAAUAGAAAAAGACAUAAAAAAUAUAAUAAAAAAUAAAGAUAAUCAAAACAAAAAUAGCAACAUCAAUAUUAUAACAGAUCAUCCUCCUCCUGUUAAUAAUAAUAUUAAUAAUACCAAUAAUACCAAUAAUAAUAAUAAUAAUAAUAAUAAUAAUAAUAAAAUAAAUAACACAAAUUUUGUAAAUACUUCCGGUAAUGUAAAUAAUAUAAAUUCAACAAACAAUGUAAAUAAUAAAAAUUCAAAAACAAAAAAAGUUCAAAGUAUAAAUGGAUUUUGCUUUAAAACAUGCAGCAAUAAAAAUGAUAAAGUUUAUGUAAUGAUAUCACACUAUCCUACUAUUGGAACAGCAUCAUUAACAGAAGAACAAGGGUGGAUUAUACCGUACAGUUUGUUUGAAUUAGAAAACCAACAAUCAUCAUAUACAAGUCCAUAUCACAAGGUUUAUCAUACUAUAUUUGGAACUGAUACAUAUAAUGAAUCCACUAAAGUGAAAUCAUUAAAUAGGUUAUUAAUUCAAACAUCAAUUCAAGCAAUUUUUCAAAAAUUUAAAGAAUCACUAAAUAUUGUAACUAUAAAAACCUCUAAAAAAGUAUUUCAAAAGGAAUUCAUGGUAUCAAUAGUGGACGAUAAAGAAAUUGACAAUAAAAUCCAAUAUAAAGAACCCGAACCAAAAGAAAUCAUUAACGACGAAACAAAUCAAAUCCAACCUGUUUUUACAAUUCAAAAUAUUGGUAUAAACAAUGAACAUUUAGAUAAUCCAGUUAUAAUACCCAAGUUUAUUGAAUUCAAUAUAAAAUUACCAAAAAUAAAUAAUUUAGAUGAUUUAAUAAUUGAAAUUGAAGAUAAUGAAAGAUUAAUUGUUAUUGAAGAUAAUGUAAACUAUUAUUUAAAUGUAUUAUUAAAACAUCAUGUUGAAGAUGAACCAAUUGCUCAAUUUAAUAAAAAAGAAAAAAAUUUAUACUUAAAGCUUCAAGUAAUUGAUGAAUCACACAGCCAUAAUCACAGUCAUAAUCAUAAUCAUAAUCAUAACCAUAAUCAAAAUCAAAAUCAAAAUCAAAAUCAACCACCAGAUGAUACAAAUAAAAUAAUUAAAGAACUCGACAAACUUGGAUUAUAUUCAUUUAAUGAAAAGAGAAACGAUUUACCAGAUAAAAAUUUAACCCACAUACCAAAGACAAUAAUAUACAGUGAACAAAAAAAAAAUAGCAAAAUUGAAGAAAUAGGUGGCGAAACUCAACCAUUUUAUAUUUUAAAACAAAAUUUUUCAAAUUUAAUUUUAAUAAUUUAUGAAAAAGAAAUAGACAAAAAUUCAAUAAUAAUUAAUUCCAUACCAGAAGAAAAUAGUUUAAAUAUAAUCUACAAAAAAAUUAAUAAUAAUAAUGAGAAUGAAAUUAAUUUAAAUUUUUAUUUAUCAGAUUUUUUUAAUAAUAAUAAUAAUAAUGGUAAAAACAAUAACAUUGGUUUUCCAGAAGAAAAUGGAAUUAUGCUCAAUACUAAAACUAUUACAUUCACCGAAUUUAGUUUUGUCAUCGAAUUGGGAAAGAAAAAAAAAUCGUGGUAA